ACCCACAGUCACAGAGAAUCGAGGAGGAAAGGAGAAAUAAAAAUCUUCGCAAGUCGAGACAGCAGAGGAGAAGAGAAGAGAAAGUUCAAGUUGACUAAGUAAAGUGGCAGCAGAGGUAUCAAUGGCUAUGGCAACAUCUUUAUCUACUUUAAACUUGCACCCUUCCUUGAAAAAUCAUAAUCCGAAGUACUUUGGAUUGAGACCAGUCACUCUGCUAAAAAAAUUGAGGAACCGAUAUCAUAUUGAUCGGCUGGCAGUAACAUCAUUCAAUAGGCUCGUCAUCCGGGCUACUACUGAAGGCUCGGCAAAAUCAAGCCAGUCUGAUGAAAAGAUUCCAUCCUGGGCUAGACCAGAUGCUGAUGAGCCUCCUCCUUGGGCUCAGGGUUCAGGCAAUGGCAGCUCUUCUCAGUCGACAUUUGAAAUUCCCUUUUAUGCAUAUUUAUUGGCAUCAGCUAUCACAGCUAUAGCAGCGAUUGGUUCAGUUUUUGAGUAUGUGAAUCAGAAUCCUGUUUUUGGGGUCUUAAGCUCAGACAGUGUAUUUUAUGCUCCUUUACUUGGAUUCUUUGCUUUCACGGGAAUACCAACAUCUGCGUUUUUGUGGUAUAAAUCUGUCCAAGUCGCUAACAAGGAAGCUGAGGAGCAGGAUCGCAAGGAUGGUUAUCUCUAGUAACAAGUGCAAAUUUCAUUACCUGUACACAUUACUCAACCUUCUGUAUCAUACAACUGGUUUUGUUCAAUAACUGUUUUCUGUUUUUGAUACAUGGGCUGUCAUUAAAUUAUGUUAAAUCCCAUGGGCAAAAUUGUUCCGCAAAGGUAUUCUGUUUUCAAUGUAGAUUAAAUUUAUUAACAUCCUUCUC